AUGUUAGACGGAGUGCCCGGUGGCUGCAAAGCCAAUUCAGGCAAAGGUCAAUCUACUCAUGUUCUUCUUGAAACACCGCAGGCAGACGGAUGUAGUCGAUUGACAAUGAAUGAAAUAACAGAAAUUGUUAAUCCUUCAAAUCGUCGUUUAAAAAAAGGUGAUACAUGCACUCUUUUUAAUAGUGCACGUGGUGAUAAAAGAUCUUUAAUUCGAUUUAUCGGCGAUGAAGACAGCUGUCAAUAUCAAUAUGAAAUAUUAGUUGAUUUAGAUGCAGGUCAGACAUUGUCAGCACGUGCUAUUGUGCGUCAAUUGUUUCCAAUAAAUGUUAGGCAAGUGAUGUCUCGGGGUGAUUUCAAUGAUCCACGCCGAGGAUUUAUUCAUGAAUUUUUGAAAUUGGUCCAUCCAACAGAAGAUUAUGAUAAAUAUCGUGUUAAUGAAGCAAUUAAUGGCGUAUUUCGUUCUACACGACAUUCAACAGCAUUGAAAGUUGCUGCGGAAAAAGAGGAUGCCACACCGGAAGUUGAAUAA